GCGCGUCAUCUCCUCCGAACUGAAAAUAUGACCGUCCUCGGUCAUUCGAAGCCUUGGCUCUGAAGAACCGCGCAAUACGACGACGAAUCGAAGGAUGCGACUUGGGGGAAUGGGAAAUGAGUCCGGUGAAUCUUCUGCUCAGGCUGUUCUUCGUCAUCGUCUCCAUCCGGAUCCUCCAGCGUCGACUGCUCGAGCUUGCGCAGCUUUUCGGUUGAAAUGUCCAAGAAAUCUUCGAGGAGGGAAGUGGAUGGACGUUCGGGCGAAGUACGGAAUUACUCGGAAGGCGGCGAUUGGCGGUGAAAGACGGCGCCGUCAAGUUCGCAGAGAAUGUACGCACCCCCACGGUUGCGCGAGAUGACAAUUAGAGGGCCAAGGUACCGCUUGCGCAUCUUUGCGCUCAGCGACUUCUCGAUCGCCGUAUUCCGCAUCAAAACGAGGUCGCCACGCUUGAAGUCGAAGUCGCGCAUCGUUACUGAGUGGUCCAACUCGAACUGGGCAGCGUCGUGGAGUCGGGCUUCGUAUACACGGGAAUGGAGCGCCGCAAGAUCCUCUCGUCGCUUCUGGAGGGCAAUAGCACGUCGGGUGAUGAGUUCGGUGGUCGAAAGCACCGAUUCAGGAGGCGGGAGCAGGUACGUCGCUUCGGAUAUGUCUAGCGGCAGAAGGGGAUGCGUCCCAGUCACUGCGAAGUAGGGUGAACCCCAUUCUCCGGCGAACUGUGACACGAUCCGCCCAAAACACCGAGUACGCGGCUGAGCUCCAGCGCUUCUGGUCGCCGUCCACAGCCUUGAAGAGCGACUCGCGGACAUCAAAGUGCGAGUUCUCGAUCAUCCCAUUGGCGCAUACCCCAGAGCCUUCACAAACGGAGUACCGUUGUCGGAAACGAUCUCGGGUGGCCGCUGUUUCGCGCCGGAGCAUCCGGAACUCGGGGAAGUGCGAAAUCGAGCACCUUCCUUGAACGAUGUAGCGGAAUCCGCGCUAGGAGGCAUGUACAUUGUGUCCAUGUACACCUUCGAGAAGAGCGGAGCGGGAACAGCAACGGUUCGAAGGUACCAAGUCACGUCUUGCGCAAGAAACGGCCACCAGAACCGUUCGAGCAGCAGUGCUCGGGUCGCGUGGAAUCCCUUGUGGCCGAUAUCGUCAUGAGCAGAGCGCAAAAUGAAGAGGCGCCGGUGCUGAGUGUAGAACUCCAUACUAUAUCGGACGAAGGCUUGGUACUGGGAGUCGGACAUCUGCCGUGGACGACGAAGCGUUUCGAGCCAGUUGCGGACCAAGUCAACGCGAACAUCGGCAAGACGUGCAUUCUCACUUCGAGGGACCUGGUUGUAAGACAGCGGCGGUGGCGUAGUUGAUUCUGUUGGGGCUAUCUCGGCGGCGUAGAUCGAAGUUGCGGGUUGGCAACGCGACGUAAUGGCUCCAACUCGUCUCCAGGCUGCGCCGGACGACGCGAAAGUCCAUCAGGACCGUGCUGAAUACCCGGAACGUGGAUGAGCUCGAAGUGGAAAGUAAGGAUAGCGAGGAUCCAACGGUUGACGCUGGCCGAAGGUAGGAGGUCUGGGUUACGUAGCAUCCCCUUGAUGUAACGAGCGUCCACUUCAACAACGAGAUUCCGGAGGCCAAUGAGAUAUAAUUUCCAAGACCGAA